AUGUUAUCAACUCGAACAAUAUUUUUAAUAUUUGUUUUCAUGACUGGUUUGCAGCAGCACACUGUGGUACGCACACAACAUCGUGGACCACAACAACAAGGACCACAACAAGAACAACAGCAUGGAUCACAACAACAAGGACCACAACAAGAACAACAGCAUGGAUCACAACAUGGACUGCAGCAAGAAUCACAGCAUGGAUCACAGCAUGAACUGCAGCAAGGACUACUGCAACAACCGCAACCACAACCGCAACAUGAUGAACGACAACAGGCUGGCAUAUUAAUAGUAAUAAUGUGA